UAGUUCACUUGUUUUGACACGUGAAACAAUUUAUUGGUUAGAACCUAAUACUUGUAAUAUGUUCAGUUAACGUGUUCCCUUUAAUGUUGCUCUGUUUGUAUAAUGUUCAUAAAUUUAUUUGACUUCACAGUAAUUGGUGAAGUAUAAAUAAUCUUCAUGAGUUUCAAUCAACAAUUAUUAAGCAGUGCCUGCAAACCUAAUGUAUGCGAUGUAAAAUAUUUAGAAUUUGUAAAUAAUGCAUUAAGGGAAACGUCAGAAAGUUUUGAAAGGGAACAAAAAUUGUCAGACAAAAUACUAUUAAACCUGUACAAUAUCUUUGGUGGUGUAUUUGAAAGGGCAUUAGAACUUUAUGAACAAGGUCGUGUAACUCAUAUUUAUCCAUCAGAAAAUACUGUAUCUGCAUCUCAUACAGAAAGAAAUAAUGCUAGAUACUUAAUACAAGUUAAAGGAUGUUCAGGAUCAGUUUAUACAUUUUUUCCUGAUAUAAAUUAUUGUGUUUGUGCUUCCUUUAGGUGUCAGGUAUUAAAUGAUAGAUUAUUAUUUACCUGCAAACAUGUUUUAGCAGCUUGGCUUGCAACCAUUACUAAAUAUAAAUUGGUAUAUCAAUAUAUAACAGAGAAACAGUUCCAAAACUUAUUGUAUUAUCAAGUCUCAUAUGAGCAAUAUGUAUCCUGAUAUAGAAAGUUAUAAAUUAGUUGCAAAAUUAGGAAACCUCAAAACUAUAGUACAGUUAUUAAAAGCAAUUAAUUUUCAAGAGAGUGCAACUUGUUUUGGAACUGAAAAUGGUUUAAAAGUAACAGUGGAAGAUGCAAAAUGUAUGCAAGCUAGUGCUUACAUUCCAUCUCACAUAUUUCAAGAAUUUAAGUUGAAGGAAGAUAUAAUUUUUCGAAUAAACCUGAAUGUAUUAGUGGAAUGUCUUUGUAUGUUUUGGAGUAAUAUAAAUUCUCAAGGAAGCUCAGUGGCUUUACAGCUCUUUUAUAAAGGUGUUGGUCAUCCAGUAACAGUUCUUAUAGAAGAAGAUGGAAUUAUAACAGAUUGUUCUUUAAAAACUCAACAGCCUGAUGAAUUGUUAGAUUUUCAUCUUGAACCAGAAAAUGUUUUGAAUAAAGUAGUAUUACAAACUGAAUUAUUAAAAGAUAUUUUAUCAGAACUUGAUCCAACCAGUGACCUUAUCGAGUUGCUCUUAUCGCCUACUGCCCCAUUUUUUCGAAUUAGUACAGCUGGUUUAGCAGGAAUUUGCCAUGUCGAGUUGCCACACGAUGGCGAAUUAAUAGAUAAUUUUCAAUGUAACUCGACGUCAACAUCUAGUUACAAGUUAUCGCAUAUUAAGCCAGCUAUGAAGGCAUUAUUAUAUGCGAAUAAAGUUUCUUUGAGAACCGAUACAUGUGGACUAUUAUGUUUUCAAUAUAUGGUUAAAACCGAUGAGGGACAUACUUGUUACAUAGAAUAUUAUGUAAGAGUUAACUUACUUUCAUGUUAUUCGUACAUUACGAAGAACCGCGUGAAAGUAGCGCGUAAAUACAAUAAAGUAUUGUUUCAGAUUUCACCUGUGAUAGACCCAGACGAAUAGUUGUAUUCUAAAUCAUAAUGGGAUAUACUCAAUCGUUGUAUAAAGUCUCAUAUGAAUUGUAAUUACAAUUAUAUAUUUACAACCGA